AUGGCCUUAUCAUUCGCGGUCUACCCCGACAACCAGGAGGUCUUCGAUGUCGACAACAUGGAAAGCGUCAUAGGCGGUGACUGGACGCUCUACGAUCCUUUCAACAACGGAAUAGACGGUGCGUCUGAGAGCGGAGAUGAGCUAUUCGACGACCGCUAUACGUCCAAGGAGUACGCUACUCAGGAGGAUGGUGACGGGAGUCACGUAGACGUAUCCAGCAUUGCUCGUCCCCAUGACUCCGAAGACCUCCAAGACUCGACCGAGGAAGAGGUUCCGAAACUCGAUGCCAGCUCUCGAGACGUCUCAAGCCCGCAGAAGAUUGCAACGGCUGGUCUCGAUCAGCAGAGUAAAUAUACGUCUCUGCAAACUGGUGCCUUAGAGCACGAGAACAAAUCAGCUCUCGAGGCAGCGAGGACACCGCUAUCAGACGUCGCUGCAACUCCACCUUCAUCUGCACCAAAGCCCAAGGGUCGCAAAGGGCAGCAUAGCCACGUUCUUCUCUCGAGGUCUUCUCUCGAGGACCCCAGAGGCAGAGAAGUACGUCUAUGGCGACUCCACCUCCACCAUAGCUCAGGCCCGGGCAUGCCUAGAUGGGAAUCGCGGACUCGACCUGGAUGGAAGACCUGACGACUCGGCGCAAGUCAGAUGCGGCAACCACAGCUACGCCAAGGACUUGUUUGAAGCCAUUCAUCACCCAUACGCCCCAGCUCCCGCUGACUUCAACGAAAAUCAGAAAGGGUUCUACGAGGCCCAGCAAGCCAAUGCUCUAAUCGAUGUUCAGAACCGAUUCUGCACCGUCCAGGAGUGUGAAUGGGCGAAGGCGCAGAUAAUUCUGAUCAUGGAGAAGGUGAUUGAUCUCCACGAGAAGGGCGGGAUACCGGAACGCUUAAUGUUGCUGCAGCAGAAGCUGGGCAAGAUCAAGCCUGAAACAACCCUGACAUGCUCUGAGCGCGCUGACAAGAUCGUCUCCAUUGCGCGUGAGAACAAGCUCAUCGCCGUAGCUCUUCUUGACGGUGGUACUGCUUGCGAGGACAUCAUCCACGCUCCGCAAGCAUCUUUGAAGCGUAGACUCGACAACGCUAAGACUAACGCCAUGAAAAAGAAGCGUUUCAAGUUCGCGAUCGACAAUAUGGAGUCUUCUGAGCAGCCAAAAGUUCAAGCGCAGGGAGGUAAGAAGGGCGGGAAGCAACGUCAGCAGACAGCACAAGCUAUGUCGAAUACCUCACCAGCGCUCCCAAUGCCACCACCAUCUACGCCACUUGCAAAGAUGGGGACUCAGUCCAGCGGCGUCCAAAGCAGAAGCAUCCUCCCGACAAUUGGCGAUCCGACCUCCAAGACUACUGCUCAAAGCCCAUCCUGGUCUGGUGGCGCGAAGAGAUCUUCAAAUCAGGCGUUCGAGAAGGACGAGACCUCGCCUUUGAACGCAGCUCUUACGAAGCGGCCUCGUUCACGAAAAGCCAGGGAACCUCGUCAAGCCACGCAAGUGUCGAAGCAGGGUGAGCUGCGGAGCCGGCCAGCCCCGCCACCGGCUCCAGCAUUUGGACAUGCACUACCGCAGUCUGCUAAGAUGCAUGAAGUGCACAGUAGCAUAUGUACGAUCCAAGAAGUCCCUCAAAGCACUCUAGACCCCUCGCCUGUCUACACGAACUAUGGAGAUCAGUACACGCAGCCAUAUGCGGCCGGAAAUCUCAACGCCAUGAUCGCAACGCAAGGCAAUGCCCAUCAGUUGCAGCAUGCUGCCCAAGCCGAGAGCGCAGGAGUUCAGUAUCAACCCAGCUACGGCCAGGAGCAGUCACCUGCCAUCGAUCGACUCCAGGGCGAUGGUCAUUCCUAUCAUGCGGAUGAGCGCCAGGCGAUGAAAUUUCCCAUUUCGUAUAAUUUUCCGGCGGCUGUGGGCCAAGGUCAACACCACAAUUUCGUCUAUGGACCGAAUGCCAACGACACCGGUGUCGUCUCUCAGCAGCGUUUCAGUUACCAGAACUACUCUGAAGUCCCAGCAUUUCACGACCUUUUCGAUGCGGAGUUCCUCAACGAGAUCUCAUAUGUCGACAGCUUCGAAGAAGAGGCUGCGUUCAACAGCGUGGGAGGCGCCGGUGGAGAUAAAGUCAUGUGA